CUGAGAAUGUUCUCAAGUCUGAGAAUAUUCUCAACACCUCAAUUCUCAGACUCAGUCGCCGCCAUAAAAAAGUUGAGCAAAAUAAAAAUUCUCAAAUUCUGUUUUAUUCUCAAAUAUUUGAGUAUACAAAAAAGUAGACUUAAGAAUUUUCUCAAGCAAACAAAAUGGCUGCCGUACACAGACGAUUAGCAAGAAAUCGCAGACGACGUCAUGUUUUAGUCCGACCAAGGGUUUUUAGAGAUCGUAGUAAUCCCUUGGAGUCGUUGGAUGACUUUGAAAUCUACCAGCGCUAUAGAUUUUGCCCCGACACCAUUCACUUCCUUGUGAAUGGUGUUUCCGACCAACUCGUAACAGCGACCAAAAGGAACAGUCCAGUGCCUCCACUGUUGCAAGUGUUGCUGUUUCUACGGUUUGUAGCAACUGGGGCCCAUCUUCGGCUGAUUGGAGACAGCCUCGGGAUUUCCGAAUCCUCAGUAGGAAGAUCGGUCAAGGCUGUCGCUGCUGCCAUCAUUGCUGUUUUUGCGCAAGCUACACUCGUCUUCCCUGUUGGAGAAAUUGCAACGAAAGUGAAGGAGGGCUUCAGACGAGUUGCAGGAUUCCCUAAAGUUAUAGGAUGCGUUGAUGGUACCCAAAUUCGCAUUUCAACACCAAAAGCUAAUGAGGCAGACUAUGUGAAUAGGAAAGGUUUCCAUAGUCUUAAUGUUCAGAUGGUAUGUGAUCCAAAUUUUCGAAUCACAUCAUUGUGUGCCCGUUGGCCUGGUUCCUGUCAUGAUGCAAGGAUUUGGAGAACCUCUGGUCUCUAUCAAAAAUUUGAAAACGGUGACUACGAUGGCAUUUUAUUGGGAGACUCUUGGUAUCCCCUAUCCAGGUACCUUAUGACUCCGUAUCUAACCCCUCGGACCCAGUCUGAAGAGAGGUUCAACUCAAGUCUCUGCCGAACACGAGUGCUCAUUGAGCAGACUUUCGGGAUAAUGAAAAGAAAAUUUCAGGCUCUACAUUUUGGCCUCCGCACGUCUCCAGACCAGGCAGUGUCAUACAUUACCGCAUGCUGUAUCCUACAUAACAUAGGCAUUGAGAGGGGGGAUACAAUUAUCAGUGGUGACUGCAGGGAACUGAAUGUAGCAGAUUGCCAACAGGCAGUUAUAACCGCACAUCCAAGAGCUGAUGGGGUGGCAAAGAGAGCCUCCAUUACACAAUCAUUUUUUUUGAAAUCCUAGCUACUCAGGGUGACAUCAUUGUGGACUUGUCAUUAAAUGCCUGUCAUGA